AUUACAUGGCGUUUGUCGUCCGCGGAACUAUUUUUCAUUUCUAUGUGUCCCAAAUAAUGUUUAUUUAUAAUGUACGCGAGUUAAUUAUGUCAGUGCUGAUUUCGGCGUGAAGUUGUGCGGUCUGGACGCAUUCAGAUAUGUUCAACAUAAACAAACUAUGUCUGUUUUCCUGUCUGUGCGUUAUUGUUGUUAUUGUCCUCUAUUUUCAAUCAGAAAUCGCACGUUUGGAGGACAAUUAUAGAAAACUAGAGUUUAGGUUGGUGCAAACUCACUCGGAAUCUCGCCAGUUUUUCCCUAAAAGUUUAGAAAAAAAUGACGAUGAUACGGUCGUGAUAUACAAUAGGGUCCCGAAGACGGGAUCGACGAGUUUUGUGGGUGUAGCGUACGAUUUAUGUAAGAAGAACAACUUUAAGGUGUUACAUAUCAACAUUACUGCCAAUCGACAUAUCAUGUCCCUAAAUAAUCAGUAUAAGUUCGCGCAGAACGUCACCAAGUGGGACGAGAUGAAGCCAGCACUCUACCACGGUCAUAUGGCCUUCCUAAACUUUGAUCGGUUGGGUGCAUCCUCAAAGCCUAUAUUUAUAAACUUAAUUAGAAGACCGCUUGACAGACUAGUCUCUUAUUAUUACUUCUUAAGAAACGGUGACAACUAUAGACCGCAUUUAGUUCGAAAAAAACAUGGUGACAAGAUGACGUUCGACGAAUGUGUGGAGAGAGGUCAGCCGGAUUGCGACCCUAAUAACAUGUGGCUACAGGUGCCAUUUUUCUGUGGACACGCCGCCGAAUGCUGGGAACCCGGCAACCAAUGGGCGUUAGACGAAGCUAAACACAAUCUAGUCAACCAUUACUUACUGGUAGGUGUAACCGAACAAAUGCUCGACUUUAUAACUGUACUGGAGGCUACUCUACCUCGCUUCUUUAAAGGAGCCACAGAAUAUUACUUGAACAGCAAUAAAUCCCAUCUUAGACAAACUAGCUCAAAAAUAGACCCUAACAUAUUAACAAUAGAGAAGAUACAACAGUCACCAGUUUGGAAAAUGGAAAAUGAACUGUACGAAUUCGCUCUACAACAUUUCAACUUCGUCAAAAGAAAAUUAUUAGUGAAAGAAGCGAAUAAUGUAGCUCAAAUAUAUUUCUAUGAGAAGAUAAGGCCUAAAUAAGUG